CGAAAAUCCCCCUGCCGUGGGCAGGAACAUCUUCCAGUAAACGAGGUUGCUCCAAGCCCCUUCCAACCUGACAUAGAAUAACCAUGCUUGAGCACGGAGGUUGGACAGAUGUGGAAGAGCAGAACUGACCUUGCUGUUUCCUCCUCUUGCUGUCCAUUAGCUGUAACCCAAGCACCCAAGUGUUUUGAAGACCUCCAUCCCUCUGUGUCUCCUUGCCUGUCAGAAUGUCUGGACGUGGAAAGAAAAAAGCAGUGGCUGGCAGCCCUAGAAGAGCAUCAAAGAAAAGCAAAUCAGCCAAGGCAGGCCUGCAGUUCCCUGUGGGCCGUGUCUAUCGCCUCCUGCGAAGAGGGAAGUAUGCUGACAGGAUUGGUUCUGGCGCUGCCAUCUACCUGGCUGCAGUGAUGGAGUACGUGACAGCAGAGCUCCUGGAGCUGGCAGGGAACGCUGCGCAUGAAAACAGGAAGACGAGGAUCCUGCCCAGGCACAUUCAGCUGGCUGUGAGAAAUGAUGAUGAGCUGAACGAGCUCUUUGCCUGUGUGACCAUUCCUCAAGGCGGGGUCAUGCCAAAUAUCCUUCCUCAGCUCCUUCCGAAGAAAACUGGUGGAAGUGUUGCUUCUUCUCAAGAAUAUGGUGGUAGCCAGUGAA